CAUUACAGUAGAGUACUGUAGUAUUCUUUUGCUUUUCAAGAAAAUAAAAAAUGAGUCUUGGCAAAUCUUGUUGAACAAAGACUGUGAAGGAGAUACCCCUCUCCCCACACCUCUAAAAUAAAAAAGAAAAUAAAAGGUGCUUGGAUCAGAAGAGGGAGCCUUUGCAGGAGAUGGCCCUUUCUCUCUCUCCUCUCUCACUCUCUCUCUAGCUUUUUUCCCUCUGUUGGAAGAAAGUUUGUGCAUUUGGGGACAAUUAGAGGGUUUGGUUGGUUGGUUUAGUUUGGGAUAAUUUGCUUUUGAGAUUUCCAAAAUGCCUAUGUAUAAACAAAUGAAGAGGGAUGGGAUUCUUGGGUGUGAUGGGGGUGCUGAUAGUCUGGUACUGGAUCUGGACACUGCUGUCAAAGAUGGUGUUCUCGGCGGUGUUGCUAAUGCGGGUUUCUGCGGUGUGGUUGGGAAGAAAUUGGAUCUGUUUAAGAUGGUUGAAGAGCUUAAUUUGGCUGACGUUCCGGAUGUUUUUAUUUGCCCCAUUUCUCUUGAACCAAUGCAAGACCCGGUAACUCUUUGUACUGGACAGACAUAUGAGAGGGCCAACAUAAUGAAAUGGUUUAAUUUAGGGCACUACACUUGCCCUACUACAAUGCAAGAGCUUUGGGAUGAUACUAUUACCUCUAAUACAACUCUUUACCAGUUGAUUUAUACCUGGUUUUCGCAGAGGUAUUUGCAAAUGAAGAAAAAAUCGGAAGAUGUUCAAGAAAGGGCAUCGGAGUAUUUGACAACCUUGAAGAAGGUGAAGGGUCAGGCUAGGGUUCAAGUUCUCAAGGAGCUAAAACAAGUUGUAGCAGCACAUGCAAAUGCUGGAAACAGGGUGGUUGAUGAAGGCGGGGUGGCUCUUAUAUCAUCAUUGCUUGGUCCUUUCACAUCACAUGCUGUUGGUUCUGAAGUUGUUGCGAUUCUUGUGAAUUUGCAUCUUGACUCGGAAUCAAAAGUAAAGUUGAUAGAGCCUGCAAAGAUUUCGUUAAUGGUGGAUAUGUUGAAUGAAGGAUCAAUAGGCACCAAAAUCAAUUGCACACAAUUGCUGAUAACAUUAAUGGAUGUGAAAGAUUUUCAAGCAGAAGUUAUUUCGAGCCACAGAUUAUUGGUUGCUCUGCUGAGGCUGGUGCGAGAUAGGAAAAACCCAACUGGAAUUUUUCCUGGCCUAAGUUUGCUGAAAAUGAUAUGCCUGCAUGCAGAGGUCCGGAACCUGAUUGUAGCCGUUGGUGCUGUACCACAAUUGGUAGAAAUGCUGCCUAAUUUAAGUUCCGAUUGCUUGGAAAUAUCGCUUAUUAUAUUGGACACUCUGUCCUCUUCUCCAGAAGGUUGCAUUGCCUUGAAAGAUUGUUCGAGAACUAUACCCAAUUUGGUGAGACUUCUAAUGAAGGUUUCUGAAAGCUCCAUGCAGUACGCGUUGUCAAUAUUGUCAGCUGUAUGCAAACUAUCCCCUGAGGAAUGCUCAUCACUUGCUGUGGAUGCUGGUCUUGCGGCAAAGCUCCUCCUUGUGAUUCAAAGUGGCUGCAAUCCUGUAUUGAAACAGAAAUCAGCAGAACUCUUGAAGCUAUGCAGUUUAAACUGUUCAGACACUAUCUUCAUUUCCAAGUGCAAGCUUACCAGAACAACUCAAUGACGCAUGAUUUGUCCCGGUGCUACACAUAAUGCUGCAAAACGAACGCACUGAUGCAAUUUCAGAAUCUUCAAAAUUGGAAAUUCUAUUUCAGAACUUGGAUCAAUAGAUAUGACCAUAAGGGAUUUAUGUUACGAGGUAAAAGCAUGGUCUUCUCGUGUAUAUAUUCAGAUUACUUCUAGUUCAACUCGAUUCACAGUUUUGCCUGAUUAGACCACAAAACAUUUGCUUCUAGUUGAUAAAAUCCAGCUCCCUUUAAGCCGGUAACCCAAAGUCAAAAAAUAAGCCCCGGGGUUGCCAGCUAUGAAGUGGGGUUGUAAUUUACUUUCGUAAAGGUUUUGAUGAUAAUAGGACUGCCCGAAAACAAGUCACGUUGCUUCAAUUCAUGUCCAGUUCUUUGAAUGGCUGAUAUUUCAACCAGAAUUUCACCGCAAUUAUAAAUAUUUGAAGCCUGCAUCGAACCAUAAGCAAGCGGUAAAUGGGCUCGCAGAGACCUUCAAUUUCUUUACAACCUUUGUGGCCAUGUAGGCAGUUUUGUUCUGUGCAUCAGAGUUUAGUUUCCAGACAUCAACAUGGUCUAUGCAUUCCAUAUUCGUACAUGUAAACCAAUGGUUCAUUUUCAAUGUUAUUUCUUAUCCAUCUUGAAUGUUA